CUUCACUUAAGAAAUCAUGGAUUCCGCCAUAGUCCACCCUGCUAUCUCAAUCCCUUUUCUCUUUAUUCUUCUAACCUUUUUAUCCCAUGGAAUAAUAGCAUCUGCUUUUCUCGGAAUCAACUAUGGCCGGAUUGCCGACAAUCUCCCUCCGCCAGAAAAAGCUGUUUCUCUCGUUCAAUCCAUUGGUGCCAGUAAGGUGAAGAUUUUUGAUGUAGAACCAUCAGUCAUUACAGCUUUUGCCAACACCAAUAUCGAACUCAUUGUUGGACUUGGAAACCAGUACUUGCAGCAGAUGCGAAACCCCGAUGCAGCUCGAACUUGGGUCACAAAUAAUAUCCAACCCUACUUGCCCGCCACCAAAAUCAGCGGCAUCGAUGUGGGCAACGAAGUUUUGACACUCAGCGAUUCUGUACUUAGAAUUUCUUUAUUCCCCGCCAUGCAAAAUGUUUAUCAAGCAUUGGUUGAAUUAGGUUUAGAGAAGCAGGUUAUUGUCACCACUACACAUGCGUUAAACAUUCUUGAAAAUUCUUACCCUCCGUCUUCAGGCUCUUUUAGGCAAGACUUAAUGGGGGAGAUUGAUAGUAUAGUGAAAUUUCACAAACAAACCGGUUCUCCGUUUUUAAUCAACGCUUAUCCCUUCUUUGUUUACAAGGAGAAUCCUAAAGAAACGUCUCUUGAUUUUGUUCUCUUUAGGCCAAGCCAAGGAUUUGCAGACCCUUCAACGAAUCUUCACUAUGACAACAUGCUUUUGGCUCAGGUUGAUGCUGUGUACAAUGCACUCGCUUCAUUGGACGCUAAAGAAUUGGCUGUUCACAUCUCGGAGACUGGAUGGCCGUCAAAAGGAGACAAUAAUGAAGAUGGAGCAACGCCUGAAUUUGCCGAGGAGUACAAUACGAAAUUGAUGAAGCUUGUCUCUGAAAGAAAGGGGACGCCUAUGAGGCCAGAAAGCGAAUUGAAUGCAUAUAUAUUUGCUCUGUUUAAUGAAGAUUUGAAGCCUGGACCAACCUCCGAGAGAAAUUUUGGACUGUUCAAGCCUGAUGGGUCGCCGGCAUAUGCGCUACAGCUUACCCAACCCUCUGGAAAAGACUAUGGCAUUGGCACCAACCUUACCGGGUCGGGCAUGGACUUGGGAUUUUUUUUUCCGACAUCAUUCUCCCCCCCAGAGAGCAGUAAAAUUCCCUUUUAUUCAUUGGGGAAAAGCUGUCAUAUAAUCCUCCAACUUUUAUUUUAUUUUUUUCUUUUCUGAGUUGGUUUAGUUUUCAGAAGUCUUCUAUAACCUUGCAAAAUUGUUGCUUUGUCUGAAGCAAUUAGAUUAAUUUUGAGCAGAACAACAUAAGCAUAGC